CGAGCUGCAGUUAUUCCGCAGAGGGGGCAAAGUGGAGCUCUGUUCCUACAGGCUUCAGCAGAACGGCGCGUCCCUCGCGUUAGUCGUUGAGCAGCAUGGCGUCCGAUGCGAGUCACGUGUUGGAGGCUGCUUUGGAGCAAAUGGACGACAUCAUCGCAGGCUCGAAGGUGAUGGUGGAGUUCACUAACGGUCUGCCGGAUCUGGGUUCUCCGGUCAGCGCGGGUCCGCUGCAGGUAUUACAGCUAGCGGAGGAGCUGCGUUUGGCCCUGGAGCUUCAGGAUGGAAAGGGACGAGACACUCUGCGCUUACAGCUGCCCGGCUCCACCGCACAGACCCUGAUGGAAUGGCUGGACAAAGGCAUGGUUAACCGCCAGCCCUGUUUGAACAAUGAGACGUAUCAGGAGCGCUUGGACAGAUUAGAGGGGGACAAAGAAUCUCUGGUCCUGCAGGUGAGUGUUCUGACGGAGCAGGUGGAGGCCCAGGGAGAGAAGAUCAGAGAUCUGGAAGCCUCUCUGGAGGAACAUCACCACAAACUUAUCUCCACCGAGGAAAUGCUCCAACAGGAGCUACUGAACCGCACCUCAUUGGAGACUCAGAAGCUGGAUUUAAUGGAUGAGGUUUCGUAUCUGAAGCUGAAGCUGGUCAGUAUGGAGGACGACCACAACCACAUGGACAAAGACGACAAGCAGCACAAAGCCGAGUGUGUGGUUAAUGUGAUCAGCGAGCUCCAGGCGCAGAUGCGCCAAUUCCAGCGGGAGAUCACGACACGCAUCCAGGAGCAGCGGGCUCUCGAGGGCCACCCGGAGAGCACGGCUCGUGACGUCCACGAUGCCCGUUGCGCUCCCGAUCGCGGCCCUGAUCCGGACCUGAGCUCGUCAGACGCAGAGGACUCCAGGCGCCACUGUGGUUCUGGAGGAGACAACCAGGCCCUGCUGCACGAGUUACGCAUCCUGAAGGCCAAAGUGGACGACUUGGAGAAGGAGAAGUCGCAGUACGAGAGGAAGCUGAAAGCCACAAAGACAGAGAUCACCGGGCUUCAGCAGCGUCUGGCCUCCAAAGACGCAGAGAUCGAGAGUCUGCAGAAUCAGCUCCUGUCCAGAGGAACUACGAACAGCGACGGCCUGGAAAGAGAGGAGAUGUACAGGAGGAAAUUGAAAGACAAACAUUUGGAGAUGCAGAGGCUGAAAAUUGGAAUGGAGACACUUUUGGCUGCGAACGAUGAAAAGGAUCGUCACAUAGAGGAGCUCACAGCGCUGCUCGGGCAGUACAGGAAAUGCAAGGACGUGAUGAUGCUUUCUCAGGUGUGCGGUGAUCGCUUGCUAUGUGGAAGCAGUGAUGAGGAUCUGAGCUCGUCUCUGAGGACGCAAGCUCCGCCCCAUAAGGCUUACUCGGACAUCGUCAGACCCGGCCUUCAGAUGUCAUCAUCUCGAGGGACACCUCAACUCUUACUGCCAUCAAUGUGUCUACAAAAUGACCUUGAUUCAAGCUGUCGCAGUCUGCAGUCCCACCUCGACUGCCACAGCGGACGAUGGUCAGCACUGAGGUUGUUGUCUUCCAGUCUGGAGGAGUUACAAAGCGGAUGCAAACAGAGGAACCGGCACAUUUCGGACAACAGUAAGUACCGGACCCUCCCGGGGAAGUUGUCCAGACCGGAGCAGAACGGAGAGAGGAACCGGCGCUCGUCUCCACUGCAGCUGUCGCCUGAUGAGAGCGAAGAGAGCGAGAUCAACCUGACCAAGUCAGAGAAGACGGAUGAGUCCACGAUGUCGGAUGUGUCGCCCAUGUCAUCAGGCAUGGACUCGGGCCAGCAGUCGCCUGUCUCUCCUGAGAAUCGGAAGAAUCAAAAAGGCAUCAGGAAGCUGUGGGGAAAGAUAAGAAGGACGCAGUCAGGUGGUCUUCCGGCUGAGGCUGCGGAUGAUUUCAAGAGGGGAGGAGUCCGCGCCACGGCAGGCCCUCGGCUGGCAGGGGUUGGCAACAGAGAUUCAGGAAGAGAUGACACUCCUUUCUCAAAAUGGUCAAAUGAUCAGGUGUGCAUGUGGCUUGAGGAGUUUGGGCUGGGACAGUAUGUCCCCAUGGCCCGUCAGUGGGUGAGCAGUGGACAAACUCUCCUCUCAGCUUUGCCGCAUGACUUAGAAAAGGAGCUGGGGAUGAAACACCCGCUGCACAGAAAGAAGCUGCAGCUCGGCCUGCACUCGUUCGACGCGCAUCAGAGUGAGAAAUCUGCGGAGCUCGACCACAUCUGGGUCACGCGAUGGCUGGACGACAUCGGUUUACCGCAGUAUAAAGACCAGUUCCAUGAAGGCCGUGUCGAUGGGAGGAUGCUGCAGUACCUCACUGUGAACGACCUGCUGAUUCUUAAAGUGAGCAGCCAGCUGCAUCACCUCAGCAUCAAAUGUGCCAUCCAUGUCCUGUAUGUGAACAAGUUCAACCCAAACUGCUUGAAGAGGAGACCGGGGGACGAGUCCCACCUGCAGGCAUCGCCCUCUGAUGUGGUUCAGUGGUCCAACCACCGUGUGAUGGAGUGGCUGCGCUCGGUGGAUCUGGCCGAAUACGCUCCCAAUCUGAGGGGCAGCGGUGUGCAUGGGGGUCUUAUCAUCCUGGAGCCACGCUUCAACUCGGACACGUUGGCGAUGCUGCUAAAUAUCCCACCCCAGAAGACCCUGCUGAGGAGACACCUCAACACCAACUUUAACUCUCUAGUAGGAGCUCAGGCUCAGAUGGAGAAACAGGAGUACCUGGAGUCUCAGAGCUACACGCCGCUGUCCACUACAGCUAAAGUCCGGCCAAAGAAAAUCGGUUUCUCCAAUUUCAGCCAGCUCCGAAAGAAGCGUCCUGAUGACCCUAGUGACUACAUCUGCCCCCCGGAGUCUCCGAAGGCUCUGGGUCUGAUCAGCGAUUCCCAGCGGCCCAACUCCGGGGUUCAGGAUCGGGACACUGAGAGGAGGGAACAGAUGCCGAUAACGAAAGGAGCAGCGAUGCAGAUUGAAGCGUUAUCAGAAGGCAUUAACCACCUCACAGACUCCAGAGACAAGAAGGGAGAGCUGGGCAGAGUUUCUCUUUCCCCAAACACAAAAGAAAGACUGAUACUGUGCAUUAGGGAAACAACACUUUGACCAAGGAUCAACCAAGAUGAGCCAAACAAGAAAAAAAAAAUCAAGACCACACCCAGGAAAUUCAAGUCUUUAUGGUCCAAUUCCAGUGAACCCUCACUUGCAUCAU